GAUUGUCACGAGUUGUACCAAUCAGGUUAUACAACCAGCGGUGUUUACAAUAUAAGACCUAUUGGUGCAACGUUUAUGGACAGUGUUUAUUGUGAAAUGGUGAACAACACGGGUUAUACCGUAUUACAGAGACGUAUCGACGGAUUGUUAAGCUUUAACAGAAGGUGGAUGGAGUACAAAUAUGGGUUCGGUAAUCCUUACGGUGAAUUCUGGUUAGGAAACGAAAUAAUUUAUAUGAUGACAAAACAGAAACAGUAUACCCUCAGAAUUGAUAUGUGGGAUUGGGAAGGAAAUAAAGCCUAUGCUGAGUAUACCAGCUUUUCGCUGGAAGACGAGAAUCAGCAAUACCGUCUACAUGUUGGAGGUUACCAUGGUGACGCAGGUGAUUCCCUUAGUUACCAUGACAAAAUGGCGUUCAGUACGGAAGACGUUGACAAUGAUCGCCACACCAGACAUUGUGCUGCCGAGAAUAAAGGUGGCUGGUGGUUUAACAGUUGCUACUCUAGCCAUUUAAAUGGGUUAUACCAUACAGCCUGGUAUUCUCAAGCCCAAUCCAAAUACGCCGACGGUAUAUCAUGGUACACCUGGAAAGACAGUGAGUUUUAUUCAUUAAGAAAGGUGGAAAUGAAAAUUAAACCGAAAACCCCGUAA